AUGGAAUUGCAAACCAUUUGCUUAGGGUUUCUUUCUCCAAGAUUUCGAUUUUCAUCUCGAGAUUCACUUGCCCAACUUCAUGGUUCUUCGACAUUUGCAACGCGUCAACAAAUUGAUUCGAGACAAACCCUCCUUUGGAACAAACCUCAAGAUGCAAAUUACUUGACCCGAGGUCGUGUACUAUGUUCUUCUUCUCGGUCUGUACCAAACCCUGAGAUAAAACAAUCGGAAAAGAGUAAUAACUAUGCUCGAGCUGAGCAAUUCCGUGGAAAAUCUGGUUCUGUUUCUUUCAAUGGCCUAACCCACCAGCUAGUUGAAGAAAGCAAACUUGUUUCAGCUCCGUUUCAAGAAGAGAAAGAUUCCUUCUUGUGGAUUUUGGCUCCUGUUGUGUUGAUAUCUUCAUUGAUUCUUCCUCAGUUCUUUCUUAGUGGUGCUAUUGAAGCUACGUUUAAAAACGACACUGUUGCAGAAAUUGUUACUUCUUUCUGCUUUGAGACAACGUUUUAUGCUGGUCUUGCGAUAUUCCUGUCCGUGACUGACCGUGUGCAGAGGCCAUACUUAGACUUCAGUUCCAAGAGAUGGGGUCUAAUCACUGGACUGAGAGGAUACCUUAUGUCUGCAUUUCUCAUGAUGGGUUUAAAAGUUGUAGUUCCUCUAUUUGCUGUAUACAUGACUUGGCCAGCUCUUGGACUAGACGCAUUGAUUGCAGUGCUUCCUUUCUUGGUUGGCUGUGCGGUUCAACGACUCUUCGAAUCUCGGCUCGAAAGACGCGGAUCAUCCUGUUGGCCUAUUGUUCCAAUAGUCUUUGAGGUUUAUAGGGUGUAUCAGAUCACAAGAGCAGCCACAUUUGUUCAGAGACUAAUGUUUAUGAUGAAAGAUGCGUCGACGACUGUAGAAAUUACAGAGCGAGGCGUCGCCCUCGUUGGUUUGGUCGUGACUUUGCAGUUUCUAGCAGUUCUAUGUCUCUGGUCUUUUAUCACAUUCAUUAUGCGUCUCUUCCCUUCAAGACCUGUAGCUGAAAACUACUAA